CAAAUAAAAAUUCAUUUUUGGGUCGCCAAUUCCAGUCACUCUCUCCUCUCCUCUUUUUUUUCUUCGUCAAAUUCGCUGUCACCUUCUUUCAGAGGGAAUUCAUGUCGGAUAACGGUCGUCCAUUACCAAAGUUUGGGGAAUGGGAUGUGAAUGAUCCUGCUUCUGCUGAGGGAUUCACUGUAAUUUUUAACAAAGCCAGGGAUGAAAAGAAGACAGGCGGGAGUACUGGAGGUUCGGACUCUCCAGCAGAACUUCCAACCGGUAAACAGGAAGGUUAUCUCGCUACCAAGCCUAACACUAAAAAAUGGCUUUGCUGCAUUCAGCCAAGCCCCACCCAGUCUUGACCUUGAGGCUUGUUGUUUGCUCAAGUAGGCCGUUGGUAGGAUUUCUGAGAAAUGUGAAAGCAUUUUGGCCAGAAUGUCUUGUGCUUUAAAUUUGUGCUGAGUGGGACGAUAGAGUGAUUGUUAUCGGUGAGCAAGGAUUAUCUCCAUGUAUCUGUUCGUGUGUAUAUGGAUAAUGUUACCUUAAGUCUUAUAUUAUUUGUUUCGUUCAUGGAUUUUCUA